AUGGUUUUCAACAGAUAUGGUAAAUUUGUAUUUUCCGAACGAGAAAACAUUAUAACCCUAGCACAAAAAUGUGGUGCAGAAGUUAUUACUAAUGAAGAAAUACUAGAAGGAUAUCAACUUUACAUAGUCGAGCAAUGGGCUUGUGAUCGAAGACCGUAUAAUACAGUUACGGUUUUUACAGAAAAAUUUAAACCACAUCCUGAAAAAUAUCCUGAAAAACUUGAAAUUUUGUUUUCGGAUUUGGAAGAAGACAAAACUCGGUUAAAAGAUACAACAUUAGGAACAAUAUUUGUGACAAAUUUAAGCUCAUUUCCUUCAUCAUUAAGUACUAUUUUGGUGACUGAGGGUGAUUAUAAUGUAUAUUAUACACAAUUCCGCCUCAAUUUAAAUUUGCGUAGAAUUAGUUGCAGCGGUAAAACUGCCUUGUCUUUAAAACCCCCAACUGAAUUACAAAAGCAAAAAUUCUUUCAACUAUAUUCUGUACCAGAGAAAAUACCACUUGAAUUCGCUGUGAUUCAACUAGUGAAAUUUGUUCAAACAGCUUUAUACUUAAUUUUUGAUUUUCCACAACAAUUUAUUGACGGGUUAUUAUGCAAUUUUACUGAAUCUUGUCUCAGAGAGUUUAAAAAUGAACUUGCUCCUAAUUUCGAGAAUCAAGAUAAUAUCUUUGAUCCAAAUCUGGUUGCUAUGAUUUUUAAAAUGGUUUUAAACAUUCGAAAUAAACUUCAUUACUUGAAUUAUCAGGUUGGAAAAAAUCCAUUCAUGGAUACUGAAACAUUUAUAAAUGGUGUUAUUUCUUUUCAGAAAUCGACAAAAAGAGAUUCGAUAUCUCAUAAGUUAGAUUCCGAAAUUGUUAAUAAAAUUGAUCAAACUUAUAAUCGUUCAAGAUACCAUGAUGGAUUAAAAAUGCGCAAGAUUGAGUCUUAUAAUUUAGAAGAAUUUUGGAAAAACUUUCAUUACGAAGGUUCAAAAUGGUUGUGGAAGGGUAAAGAUGAAUCUGGAGAAAUGGAUUUAUUUCAUGGUGGAAAAGAAUUAGGAAAGAGCUUUCUUCGUGGUGUUUCUGGAAGAACGGCAAAAACUGGUGAAGUUAUAAGAGAAGGUGUUCGAGGGCUUAAAGAAGGGGUUACAGAAUCUUUAUCAAAUUUGGUAGAACGGGGUGGGAUCUCAAGAGAAAAAGAUAAAUUAGUUGCUGGCUCUUCAAAAUCAUAUACAUAUCCUCUGGAUUCUUCUAUGUUACUUGCACCACCGUUAUCAAACGAUCCUGAAUCGUAUGAUAAAUCAAAAUUGGCUGCACGAACAAGCGCACCACAUCUAGAAUCUCCUUUAGAUGUAACAGAUCUCCAUAAUAAUUCUGAAUAUUUCUCAAGUACGACUGAUCAACAGGUAAUAGAUUCAAGUUCCUCCGAUGAUGGAUCAUCCUACGAUAGCGAUACUGAAAAUUCAUGGUAUCCACGAAGGAGAUAUUCUUUUAAUGACUACAAUGACAUUAAAUCACGAGAAUUACCGAUAUAUCAUCAUAAGAGAUCAAAAUCUUUUACAAAUGCUGGAUUGGCUCGAAAGCAAGGUGCUCGUUCAUUACAUAGUCGAACAUUUGAGGUUGAUAUUCAAACAUAUAUGAUCUAUAAAAAUCUUAAAGGACGGGAGGCAACAUUAGAAGAAUUAAUAAAACAUUUAAAAUCAACCGCUAAAAAAUAUGAUGACCAAAUUAAGCAAUUAUCAAAUGCUUAUGAAGAAAGAUAUCAAAAAUUCAAGUCAACGGAAGAAUUUAGUUCGAAAAUACUAUCUAAACAAAAAAAAGUAACCGAAUCAAUAAAGCAAAUUUAUAGUGAUGCAACUGCUAAAGGAAAACUAAAUUAUGAAUUGAUUUUAUUGGAAGAUAAAUUAAAAGAAAUUGAUGAAUUUAUUGAACAAUUUUGUUUUAAGGUUCAAGUCAUGGAAUCUAAAUUACCACAUUCUUCAAGAUCAGUAAAGGCUUUAUUUAAUAUUUGGAACUAUCUUCAAGAACAAUGGAAUAUAAUUACUUCACGUUUAUAUAUCAGAAAGGAUAAAGAAUAA